GAAUGUUCAGGAGAUUGAAGACAAUAGUUAAUAAUUUUUAGUAGGUAAAGUUUUAUUUUAAGUUCUGAAUCUAAUGAUAUCAGAUUGCCGGCAAAAAACCUUUAGUUUAAAAUCUACUGCUGUUAGUGUUGAAUUAAACAAUAAAAUAUGGCAGAUGCAGAAUCCCAAACCCUUGAUUACCAGCAGAGAAGAUGGCAUAACAUAAGAAAGUUGUUAGAGAGAUCUGGUCCUUUCUGUCAUCCCGAUUUUGAACCGUCGGCUGAAAUACUAGAUUUCAUAAUGAAUUCCUGCAAAGUUUUGAUAGUUGGGGCUGGUGGUCUUGGCUGCGAGCUACUAAAGGACUUAUCUCUCAUGGGUUUUAAGAAGAUACACAUUGUGGAUAUGGAUACUAUAGAGCUAUCAAAUCUUAAUAGACAGUUUUUAUUUCGAAAAAAUGAUAUUGGAUUAUCUAAAGCCAAAUGUGCAGUUGAAUUUGUAAAUAAGAGGGUUCCAGGAUGUGAGGCAGUAGCGCAUCAUUGUGCCAUCCAGGACCUAGAUGAAGGAUUUUAUCGCCAGUUCCAUAUUGUAGUUUGUGGACUUGACUCAAUUGUUGCAAGACGCUGGCUGAAUGGAAUGCUAAUGUCUUUGCUACAAUACAAUGAUGACAGAAGCUUAGAUCAAAGUAGUGUGAUUCCAUUGGUGGAUGGAGGUACAGAGGGAUUCAAAGGAAAUGCAAGAGUAAUUCUUCCAGGAAUGAGUGCAUGUAUUGAGUGCACUUUGGAUCUUUACCCACCUCAGAAAACGUUUCCACUCUGUACUAUUGCUAACACUCCAAGAUUACCAGAGCAUUGUAUUGAGUAUGUUAAAGUUUUGCAAUGGGCGAAAGAAAAUCCCUGGGGUAGUUCAACUACACUUGAUGGUGAUGAUCCACAGCAUGUUGCCUGGGUGUAUGAGAAGGCACAGGAAAGAGCCAUGAAAUAUGGGAUUACUUCAGUUACAUACAGGUUAACUCAGGGUGUCUUAAAGAAUAUUAUACCAGCUGUAGCAAGUACUAAUGCUGCAAUUGCUGCUACUUGUGCAACUGAGGUUUUUAAAUUAGCUUCUUCAUGCUGUACUAAUAUGAACAACUACAUGGUUCUCAAUAUGUCUGAAGGAGUGUAUACCUACACAUUCGGAGCUGAGAAACGUCAAGAUUGUGUUGCUUGUAGUAAUACUACUAGAGUAAUGGAAAUUGAAUCUGAUGCAACAUUGCAGGCAAUCUAUGAUAAAUUGUGUGAAGAUAAAGGAUAUUUAAUGAAAAGUCCAGGAAUUACAACAAUCAUCAAUGGUCGCAACAAAACUUUGUACAUGUCUUCAAUCAAGAGCAUUGAAGAAAAAACAAGAGAUAAUUUAAAAAAGAAAAUUACUGAGUUAGGACUAUACAAUGGAUGUGAUAUACUUGUAGCUGAUGCUACAACCCCUAACACUUUAACAAUUAAACUGAAAUUUUCUGAAAAUGCCGAUGUUGAUAUGGGGCGAUAAGACUACCUUUAGUUUAUUUAACCAUAAUAAUUGCUGAAUGCUAUGAAUAUAAUUCACAUGCUUUUGUAUUAUUAACAUAAGAAGUUUAAUAAAUUAUUUUAAAAUUGUU